AUGGGUUUCGACUACGCGCUCGUUCAUCUCAAGUACACGAUCCCCCCGGCCGUGGGGCUUACCUGGCUCUAUCGCCCUUUCUUCACCAAACUUGACGUGUACAAGGUCGUUUACCUGAUAUUGGUCGCUGUGCUGUCGACCAUACCAUGGGACUCGUACCUUAUUCGCACCGGGAUCUGGAGCUACCCCGCCCAUGUCAUUGUUGGACCCAAGCUGCUGGAUAUCCCUCUAGAAGAGGUCUUUUUCUUCGUCGUGCAGACAUACAACACAUCGGUCCUCUAUCUUCUCCUCAGCAGGCCCACCUUUCAGCCCGUCUACCUCAGCCCUGAACGCGGCGCAUCCGGCCAUCGAUGGCGAUACACCAAAUUUGCUGGCCAAAUCUUCUUUUUGGGCGUGAUUGCGUGGGGAUGGCGUUGCAUCAAAGAUGACAGCAAAGGAACUUACACUGGACUCAUCUUGAUAUGGGCCGGCCCGUUUCUGCUGCUGCUCUGGAGUCUUGCAUACCAAUUCAUCCUGGCGCUCCCUCUAACCAAUACCGCGGCACCCAUCAUCCUUCCGACACUUUACCUCUGGAUCGUCGAUACCUUGGCCUUGCGUAGAGGAACAUGGGUAAUCAACACAGGUACAAAAUAUGGCGUGCACUUAUGGGAUGGCCUCGAAAUUGAAGAAGCCCUCUUCUUCUUGGUUACCAACUCGCUUAUAGUAUUUGGUCAGUUGGCGUUUGACAAUGCUCUUGCAGUGCUUUACACCUUCCCGGCGUUAUUCUCGAAGCCCUCCCUGCUCCCAUCACCCAUGGUCUUGAUGCGCGCUUUGCUCACUUCAUGCUCCAAGUACGACGAUGCGCGCCUUGUAGGCCUUGGCGAGGCUGUGCAUCGUCUCAAGCGAAAGAGCCGUAGUUUCUACCUCGCCUCCGCAACGUUCCCUGGACCUUUACGGGCGGAUUUGUUGCUACUCUACUCCUUCUGCCGCGUUGCUGAUGAUCUGGUGGACAAUGCUUCCUCUGCCGAUGAGGCUAAGGACUGGAUAGCGAAAUUGCGCAAGUUCCUGAAUAAUACUUACAGCGAUUCUGCAUCUAAGCCUACUAUACAAGCCCAAGUCCGGGAAGACUUUCCGGCCGGCACGCAAUCUGCACUCCUGCAGCUUCCAGCUGCUAAGCUCUCGCACCAACCGCUGGAGGAUCUUUUGCGCGGGUUUGAGAUGGACCUUGCUUUCGACAAGGAGCCUCUGAUCAGAACCACGGAGGAUUUGCGUUUGUACUCGGAGCGUGUGGCGGGCACUGUAGCUCAAAUGUGCAUUGAACUCAUCUUCAACUGGUAUCCUAGCGCUUUACCUGUUGAAGAGCAACGGGCUAUAGUUACUGCUGGUAACGGUAUGGGCGUGGCCCUACAGUAUGUCAACAUCGCGCGCGACAUAGAAGUAGACGCUAAGAUUGGGCGUGUUUAUCUUCCUCUGAAGUGGCUUGCUGAAGUGGGGUUAAGUUACGACGAGGUAUUAAAGAAGCCAGAUCACCCGCAAAUCGAGGCCUUGCGUAAGCGUCUUCUGAAGGAUGCAUUCUCUCUAUACGAAGAGGCCAAAGAUGCGAUCGAGCGUUUGCCAAUUGAGGCGAGAGGCCCUAUCCGGGUCGCGGUUGAGAGUUACAUGGAGAUUGGAAGGGUCUUAGGACAGGACAACUUCAAAGUCAAAGCUGGACGUGCUACUGUGCCCAAGUCGAGGAGGAUAAUGGUCGCUUGGAGAACACUUAAUCGCUAA